UCAGUUUAGGGCAGAGGAUUGUUUAGGGCGGUUCGCUGCGUGUAGAAGUUGUAUGUACAAGUUCAAUACGAAAUUGAUGUGACAAGAUUACAGUCGUUAAACAAGUGUUUCAGUUUUACCUAUGAGCUUCACAAGGCCUCUAGUACCAAGUGAUUAAAAGAUGAGACUGAAGCGAUCCGUGGAAAAGUGAAAUAAAUGGAAACAUUAAGAAAAAGUCAAAAUGUACACGUGCAUCAACUGUGGUGCUCAAGUGGAUGAGCUUUACCGACGUUACAGUCCCAGCGUACUCAAAGUCGUUAAAUGCGAAAACUGCGGCAAUUUGGCUGAUAAGUACAUCGAAUAUGACCCAGUGAUAGUGUUGGUAGAUUUGGUAUUACUGGAAAAGCCAGCUUAUCGCCAUUUACUUUAUAACAGUGACUUCAAUGCCUACUGGAAGCUGAUGAUCGUCUUAAUUCUUGGCGAAUCAUACCGCAUAUGGUCGAGCUACGAAAACAGCGAAAUGUCCACGGCCGUCAAUUAUUUAGAUUCAGUCUUCGCAUUGUUCGAUCACACAAACCACGGGUCCACUUUUCAGAGCGAAAGGAACUUUUAUUUUUUGCUCUGUCAUACUACUCUUUCGCUGGCCGUCUUCGCUUGCGUGGUGCUGCUUAUAACCGAGCUCAGGUGGCUGUUGCUUGGUAAAAGACCACCCAGAUACCAACCACUCGACCUCGUGAGAGCUCUCGUCGUUGGUGGCUGUGCCAAGUUACUCGGUCUGCUUGGUAUUAUUUGGCAACAUGUCACACCCGAGCUUCACAAUCUAAUCAUUUAUGGAUACACCGUGCUGUGCCUGCUUACCGCUUAUUCGGUGGUUUGUGAUAGUGGAAGAACAGGGUCACUGAUUGGAUUAAUUGGUGGACUGUUGGCGCAUAACUAUGUGUACAAUGUUAUACCUGAAUUGUAUUUAUCGACCGCCAAUAUGACUAUGCUGCAAACUUAAGGUCAUUAG